GCAAGGUCAAGGCAAUCAGAAAGGCUCCAGCGCCCAAAAACAAAACUGAGCUACAGGCAUUCCUGGGGCUAGUGAAUUUUUACGCGGUUUUUUUAAAAAGCAAAGCGACCAUUGCUGAACCGCUGCAUAAACUUCUAGGGAAAAAUACUGUUUGGUCUUGGGGAAAGUCGGAAAGUAGGGCUUUCGAAGCAGUAAAAAACCUGCUCUCGAGCGAUAGCCUGCUCAUCCAGUACCAUAGCGCAUUGCCCUUAUUGCUGGUUUGCGAUGCAUCUCCCUACGGGGUGGGGGCAGUGCUCAGCCACAGACUCCCAAACGGCACAGAAGCCCCUAUAGCCUUCUACUCCAGAACGAUGUCCUCCACAGAGAGGAACUAUAGCCAGUUAGAUAAGGAAGCGCUAGCAAUUGUGUCAGGGGUAAAAAAGUUUCACGAAUAUCUGUUUGGGCGAGACUUUGAAAUUGUGACUGACCACAGACCGCUGUUAGGAAUACUGGCUGGCGACCGCCCAACGCCUGUGGCACUUUCGCCACGAUUGACUCGAUGGACUAUAUUCUUAGCCGCUUAUUCGUACAAGCUGCAGCAUCGACCGGGAAAAGAAGUGGGGCAUGCAGACGCGUUAAGCAGAUGCCCACUACCAGGGGCGAUCGAAGACCCCACUCCGGGGACGCCCAUCCUUCUAAUUGACUCUUUGGACUCUGGCCCAGUCACAUCGAAGGAAGUGGCUCGGGCAUCAUACCGGGACAUUGUGUUAAGGACUGUACUCGGUUGGGUGCAAAGAGGGUGGCCCGCUGCGCCGGGCGAACGGUUUAAGGACUUUGUAAAAAAACGUGAGGAGCUCUCGGCUCAAGGGGGGUGCCUGCUAUGGGGCGAUCGAGUGGUAAUCCCGGAGAAAUUGAGGGAAAGGGUAUUGGAUCUCCUCCACGAGGGUCACCCAGGGAUCGUAAGGAUGAAGGGGCUAGCAAGAAGCUAUGUGUGGUGGCCACUCAUGGACUCAGAAAUUGCUGAGAGGGUAGGGAAAUGCCAGGCUUGCCAAGAGUCCAGACCUCUACCCCCAACGGCCCCAGUCAGGGAAUGGGAAAAACCCCAAGGGCCCUGGUCAAGAAUCCACAUUGAUUUUGCCGGCCCCUUCCACAGCCAAACUUUCCUAGUGGUUGUCGAUGCUUUCUCUAAAUGGUUGGAGAUCAUACUCAUGAAAUCCAUGACAGCCGAGGCAGUAAUCGCAGCCCUGCGCCACCUAUUCGCAACCCACGGGUUACCUGACACACUGGUAUCCGACAACGGCCCGCAAUUCACGGCAGCCCAGUUUGAGGAAUACUUGGCAGAUGAGGGCAUCCGACAUGCCCUCUCUGCGCCUUUCCACCCUGCGUCGAAUGGCCUUGCAGAGCGUUCCGUUCGGAGCGCUAAGGAGGCAUUGUCCAGGCUCAAGCCAGGGGACUGGCAAACCAAGAUAGAUUUCUUUCUGGCCGUUCAGCAUAGAACCCCAAGCACUGCUACAGGCAGAAGCCCAGCCGAAUUGUUGAUGGGACGGAAGCUCCGGUGCCCACUAGACCGUUUGAAUCCCCAUUACACACCAGAGGGUUACAAGGGGGAACUAGAAAAAACGAGAGGAAUGGGCAUAGGCGACCAAGUGUGGGCCCGCAACUAUGGGGACGGCCCAAGCUGGCUAGCAGGGCAAAUCAUAAAAGCAACUGGUCCAAAAUCAUACUUAGUUGAGUUAAAAGACAACCGAGUAUGGAGGCGACACAUAGAUCAGAUAAGGAAACGAAUAGCUGAACAACCCGAGCUAAAUGAGACAGAUCAUGACCACUCCUUAUUUGAACCCACAGCUGACCAUAACCCGGGGGAGGCGCAAGACUUAGCUGAGGUCCCGGAGGUCCAGCGACGCCAUCAGGUUCCCGAUGGAAACGGCAGGGAAAACUCAAAAAGUAAUCCAAGGCCGGAUGGCCAAGAAAAAGAGUCUGCCAGUAAUCCAGGGCCGGAUGGCCUAGAAAAAGAGCUGGGAGGAGCAAACAGCCCCUCCGACCAGCUCAAAACACCACCAAGGACUGAACCGCGCAGGUCCGAAAGAAUCAGGAGACGCCCAGGUUAUUUGCGUGACUACGUCGAAAAAUAACAUGUAAAUAAUAUGUAAAUAGAGGUAAAGUGUUUUCUGGGAGGGGAGGAGUGUUAUGUAUCUUUAAUUGGUUUAAAUGGUUUUGGCGGGAAACAAGCACGUUGUUGAUUGGUUGAAGCCGCCUGGUAAAAUGUAUAAAAGGAGAGGUUUUUCCCCAGCCCUUUCGCUGGGUUCACCCUAUAUUAAAGAGCUGUUGUCACUACCCUGGUCUCCAGCCUCGU